CGGCUCCCCUUCGCCACCUUCCACAGUUCCACUUCCCAAGCUCCCCUUCUCUCCUUUUAACACCAAGCAGGACCUGCCAAACGCACACCCAUCAGCGAGGAUCCAAAGAAGCCAACAAGAAGAGAGAGAAGGAUAGUUUUAGAGAGAGAGAGAGAGGGCAGAGGCUGGGGAGGUCGGCCACUUGCCCACCUCCAAGCUGUUCCCUAUGGCACCACCGCCAGCGCCACCACCACCACCACCGCAAGAACCAAACAACGCGGCCUCGCCUUAGCACCAAGAUCUCACCUUUGUUCCCUCUGCGCUCGCCCAUCCUUGCGCCAUGGGCCAUGAUGGCGGCCGCUGCUGCGCCCUCGUCUUCUUGGCGGUGACCGCAUUCUGCGCGGCCGCGGCGGCAGCGCAGGAACCCAACACGGACGCCUACUUCGUCUCCAGGUUCUUUUCAAAGAUUGGCCGCGAGGCGCCGUCCUCGGGCGGCAGCAGCGGCGCGGUGUGUUCUUGGCCAGGUGUGACCUGCGACGGCGAGGGGCGGGUGGUGGCUUUCGCUGCCGCCGGGAUGGACCUGUCGGGCGCCAUCCCGGAGGACACCGUCGGCAAGCUCGCGCGGCUCCAGCUCCUCGACCUCAGCGGCAACCGCCUCACUGCGCUGCCCAACGACCUGUGGGAGCUCGGCGCGUCGCUACGUGCGCUCAACCUCUCCGGCAACGCCAUCCGCGGCGCGCUUCCCAACAACGUCGGCAACUUCGCGCGCCUGCAGUCGCUCGACGUCUCCCACAACGCCUUCACCGGCGCGCUGCCGCCCGCGCUCGGCUCCCUCGUCGGCCUGCAGGUGCUCAACGCCAGCCACAACCAGUUCCAGGGGCAGCUCCCCGGCGCCGUCGUCCUCUGGUGCGGGAGCCUCGUAGCCAUGGAUCUCUCCGGCAAUGCGCUGGACGGGGACUUGCCGGAUUUGUCGCCGCUCGGGUCGCUGGCCUUUCUCAACCUGUCUGGCAACUGGCUCGGCGGCUCUGUCAUCGGGGCGUUCCAGGAGCAGUUGAGGGUCAUAGACCUUAGCAACAACCGCUUCUCGGGGUUGAAUUUUAGCAGUGGAUAUGCUGGCUCGUCGUUGAUUUACCUCGACUUGUCAGGCAAUGAGCUUGUUGGAGAAUUCACCAUUGCCAGCCGGUUCCGGAACCUGAGGCAUGUGAAUCUUGCACACAACCAGUUGUCCAAUGGCAAUUUGCUCGUGUCCAUGAGUGAGAUCUCCGGAUUGGAGUAUGUUAACUUGUCAAGCACUAGAUUGCACGGGCAAAUCCCUGUGGAAUAUUCGUCCCGAUUGGUUGAAUUGAAGGCGCUCGAUUUGUCACGGAACAAUAUCAGUGGGGUAGUCCCUGACUUGAGCUCUCUUCGCCUACGCGUGCUGGACUUGUCGGUGAACAAUCACAUUCUCACUGGAGAGAUACCUGUGGCAUUGGUGAAGAAGUUAGCAUCGAUGGAGCGGUUCAACUUCUCAUACAACAACCUCACAGUUUGUGCCUCUGAGCUCUCUCCUGAGGCGUUUGCAGCUGCAUUUGCUAGGUCCAGGGAUGACUGCCCAAUUGCUGUGGACCCGGACAACAUCAAGAAAAGUAGGGGGAAGUGCAAGGGGAUGAAGUUGGCGUUGGCCAUUGUGCUCUCGCUGUUCUUCUCUGUUCUUGGGUUGCUUUGCUUGGCAGUUGCAUGUCGGAGGCGGAGGAAGAGGUGUGAUGCAUUGCCCAUGGUUAAGCAGGUGCCGUUCAAGGAGGAACCUGGUGUAUCAGGGCCAUUUGCUUUCCAGACAGAUUCAACAACGUGGGUUGCUGAUGUGAAGGUUGCAACUUCAGUGCCGGUUGUCAUCUUUGAGAAGCCAUUGCUGAGCUUCACAUUUGCCGACCUCUUGGCAGCAACAUCGAACUUUGACAGGGGUACUUUGCUAGCAGAAGGGAGAUUUGGGCCGGUGUAUAGGGGAUUCCUUCCUGGUGGAAUUCAUGUUGCUGUGAAGGUGCUGGUCCACAGGUCGGUGAUGGCAGACCAAGAUGCUGCGAGGGAGCUCGAGCGGCUGGGACGGAUCAAACAUUCUAACUUGGUUCCUUUGACUGGUUACUGUCUGGCAGGGGACCAGAGAAUCGCCAUCUAUGAGUACAUGGAGAAUGGUAACUUACACAACUUGCUGUAUGACUUGCCACUAGGAGUUCAGACCACUGAAGAUUGGAGCACUGACACAUGGGAGGACAGCAGUGGCGGUGUCGCAACUGAAAACAUCACGCCGGAGGGUACUGCGACAUGGAUAUUCCGACACAAAAUUGCAUUAGGUGCCGCGAGGGCACUGGCAUUCCUCCAUCACGGCUGCAUCCCGCAGAUUGUCCACCGGGACGUGAAGGCAAGCAGCAUCUAUUUUGACUCAACAAUGGAGCCAAGGCUGUCCGAUUUUGGGUUAUCACUGGUCGCGGGGACGAGCACCGACAACGAUCUCUUGCACCAUUCUCCCGGCUACGCUCCGCCAGAGUUCUCCGGCUCGGAGGAUGCCAUGGCGACCGCAAAGUCUGACGUUUACAGCUUCGGUGUUGUGCUGUUUGAACUGGUCACCAGCAAGAAGCCGCUGGAUGACGAGUACCCUGAUCAGAAGGAGGCAAGCCUAGUGAAAUGGGCCAGGGCGAUGGUGAAGGCGAACCUCGGGUCAAGCAUCAUCGACCCGAAGAUCCGCAACACCGGGGCAGAACGGCAGAUGGAGGAGGCGCUGCGGAUCGCCUACCUGUGCACAGCCGAGCUGCCGUCCAAGAGGCCGGCCAUGCAGCAGAUCGUUGGCCUGCUGAAGGACAUUGAGCCUAAAGUAGCAAAAGAGCAGGACUAAAGCGAUUACCAUUAGUGUUUUGGGUGGUGGUACUGAAGGAUGUGCAAGGACCAGUGAGCCCUUAGUUGUUUUGCCCUAGUGGAGCUCACUCUGCCAUGUCCUGCUCUGCUGUGAUAUAUCUUUUUCUUUCUCUGAUUCUUCUUCCACUUGUUGAGAUGUUGCAAUACAGCUUGCCAUACCUGCCCCUUACUGCUACCAGAGCCUAUGACACAUGAAAGCUCUCAUCAAUGUGCCUGUUUUCGCAAGAGGAAGAGCAAAACAGCAGUUCUCCUUGUGUUCUCUUUCUGCCUACUGUUGGCUCUUAUCAAACCCUUAAAUUCAAUACAUGUCUUACUAUCUGCACUGUUCAUCCCAUUCAUUGAUAGAUAUGAUAGCAGCUGUCCUGAAAGUGUGUUCA